AUGCCGUCCUCUGGCCUCGGCUCCUCCCGACAAGCCCUCGCCGCUUACGGGCAUCUUACAGGAGGAGAAGAUGGCCCUAGAAGGCACUUCAACCUGACAGACAUUACCCAGGGCACACUCUGCGGCUCCGCCUCCGCGGUGCAUUGUGGGGCUUUACGUAAAGCAAACAUGGCAGCUGCCUGCUCCAGAACCCUGUGUAAGGUCGGGCGGACCUUUCUGGAGACUCCAGCCGCGGCUCGGUUCGGUACCGUCUCCUUCUUGCUGGGAAAUGCCGGGGCUCGCGGCUCGAACAGGGGCUUCAGCAGCGGCGGGCCGGGGUUCCGGUCCAAACUGGUGUCCUCCAUGCAGGCGGGAGGAGGCAGGAUUCUGGGCUGCGCCUUUCUGCUCGGAGGAGGUCUGGGUCUGUACCAAACCCUAAAGCUAUCCCUGCAGGAACAUCUGGCUCAGGAAGACAGGAAGGUUUCAGGAGGUGCUCUGAAGAUGAUUCUAUACCAGUAUAAGACCUGCCCGUUUUGCAGCAAAGUGCGAGCCUUUCUGGACUACUACGGGCUGCCGUACGACAUUGUGGAGGUGAACCCUGUGAUGAGGCAGGAGAUCAAGUGGUCUGCAUACAGGAAGGUGCCCAUCCUGAUGGUGGACAGCGAGCUGCAACUGAAUGAUUCAUCUGUCAUCAUCAGCUCCCUCAGGACUUUAAUGCUCAGCAAGGAGAAAAGCUUGUCUGAUAUAAUUCGCUGCUACCCAGAGAUGAAGGCUGUGAACGAUCGGGGGAAGGAGGUGACGGAGUACAACAACAAGUACUGGCUCAUGCUGAGCGAGGCCCAGAAUGCUGUAGUUUAUCCUACCAAGGGGAUGCAGAAAGAAGAGAUGAAGUGGAGACAGUGGGCCGACGAUUGGCUCGUGCACCUCAUAUCCCCAAACGUUUACCGCACAACCGGCGAAGCCUUGGCCUCCUUCGACUACAUCGUACGCGAGGGCAAGUUUGGUGCCGUGGAAGGUUUCUUUGCCAAAUACGUAGGUGCUGCUGCUAUGUUCAUCAUCUCAAAAAGACUGAAGAGUCGACACAACCUGCAGGACGACGUCAGGCAGGAUCUCUAUAAGGCCGUCAAUGACUGGGUGGCAGCCAUCGGUAAAAACAGGAAGUUCAUGGGUGGAGAUCAGCCUAACCUGGCAGACCUGGCGGUGUUUGGAGUCCUCCGAGUUAUGGAGGGACUUCAGGCGUUUGAUGACAUGAUGGAAAACACGAAAGUUAAGCACUGGUACAGACGCAUGGAGAAAGCAACGCUCAACCACGACGGCCGAGCUUAAAGGGCUUCCAGAUUUCCUAUACCUCUAAAUGGACAUCGACCCCCUCCAGGAAUCAAAAUGGCCUUCGUUUCUGUUGGAUUCUGAGAUGAACCUGCUAGCCGUCCUCAACGGUUUUCCGAACAAGUUGAAAAAAAUCCUUUUAAGAUGUAGAUUUCAGCUUUUUUUCAGCUGGCAGAAAAACCCCUUAAUUUCUGUUUAGGUUGCUUCUGGUGUUUACAUGACUAGUGACACCUACUGGUGGAAACGGGAAACUGCAGCUACAACCCACACCUCAGCUUUUCUGCAGAAUUAAGGUUCACAUAAAGCCUGAGUUAAAUAGUUUCAGUUUAAUGAAAAGACUGAAGAUGAAUAUUUAUUACUUUUUGAGCUGAUUUGUCCAACUUUAAAAUAUACAUUCACUAUUUGUUUGAAAUGAAGUCAUGUUAAAACAUUUCCAAGCAUUGCCGGUACUUAAAAUACCACCUGCUUCUAUUAGACAGGUAGGGGCUUCAUAUUGUCUAGUUAAAGACAAAAAAAAAAUGUCUUUGACAUGCAGUUUCAACAUUUAUGGGUCUAAUAUGAUAAAAUUUGAAAAUUGUCGCAUUUGUUUGCUCAUUGGGGUUUUGUUCUCAGUUAAAAUUUAUUCCAAGGCUUUACUGAAAGGUUUCUUUGCCAUUUCUGCAGGAAGAAAAGCACACUAAUAAACGGUUUAUCAUCUACUUUCUGUGCAGAAAUCAUAAAAUGAGGUCGUCUGUAUUUAUUCCAUACAGAAACAGAUUGUCAGUUGGAAUGUACCAAACGUGAUCUGCAGAUUAACUGUAUUAAUUAUAGCAUCUGUGUACGAAUGAAAAGGUAAAAUGAAGAAAAGUCUUGA